CGAGACACAGGGGAGGUGAAGGAAUAACAGCAGUCACAGCCAGGGCGGGGGAACAGGGGCGCCCCCUCCUCAGAUUCAGACCACGACCCCUCGGGGGUCCCCCCUUCCCACAGCUUCUCUCGGUCCUGAGCCUCUUUCCGAGGGCCCUUCAAGGCCGCCCCGUCGUCGCCCUGGCAACGGGAGAAGCCGGUCCCGCUGGCCGGCCCCUCCUGCAACUGUCACCAGGCCGAAGAGGGCGGGGACUAGGGAGAGGCGGCAGCCGCGGCGGGAGGGCCAGAGGGCGGUGGGGCUGACACGCUCCUUCCCCGCGAGACUGAGGAGAGCCGGAGCGCGCGGCAGGUGCAGGGAGCGUAUUGGGGAGGAGAGCCCCGCGAGCCCACCAGACUGGAGAAACUCUAACAUGGAGAAGAAAUUAGAGGCACUGCAAGAACAAAUGAUGGCUAGAUCUGUCCCUUGUGAUGCUGAGCUUCAAGAACUAAUGCAUCAAAUUGACAUCAUGGUAAACAACAAGAAACUAGAAUGGGAAAAGAAGAUGCAGGCUUUAGAAGUAAGAAUGACUAUCCGGGAUCAAGAAUUGGCAAGCGCUCAAAGCAAGCUAAAUCAGAAAGGUCUAGAGGUUGGGUUGCUAAGGCAGAAGCUGGACAGCUUGCAAAAGACAAAAUAUGAGAUGGCUCAGAACUACGAUGCGCAGCUUCAAGCUCUGAAGACUCAAUUUGCCAAACUGACACAAAGCUAUGAAAAGCUACAGCUGCACCAAUUAAAACAAAAAAAACCUCACAGUUUGGAGAAAUGUACAGAAAAUCAAGAGGCACCUUUUCAACUGAGCAGUUUAAAUCAGAAAUUAGAGGAAUUUAGAGCAAAAUCAAGAGAGUGGGAUAAACAAGAAACACUGUAUCAAAACCAUCUAGUUUCAUUAGAUGCUCAGCGAAAAGUAUUGACUGAGAAAUGUAAUCUGUUUCAGAAACAAGCACAGAAUUGUCAAAUCCAGAUACGCUGUCAAAAGCUAAAACAAGAAGCGGGUACCUGCAGCCAGUGCAAAACCGAGCACCUCGGCGUUCAGCACAGUGUUUUCACUGAGCCCACUGACAGGAAUGAAUUCUUUAUGGAAAAACUGAAGUCAACUGUGAGCGAAAUAGCAGUGAGCAGGAACAGACUGCAAGAGGAAAACCUAAAGCUUCAGCAGGAAGUUAAAAUGUACCAAAGAAAGUGCCAGAAUAUUGAAGCGAGGCUUACGGAAGUGAAGAAUGAACUGCAAUCACGUGAGGAUCUCUUGAAUAUGGUGGAACUGGAAUGCCAGCAACUGCGUAAUGAAGUAGCCAAAAUUGAAGAGUAUAAAAAUAAGGAAGAAAAUCAAGUGAAACUUCAGUCAGCUUAUGCACAAUGUAUCAAGGACUUGGAAAUAAAGAAAACUCAGAUCCUAGUCUUGGAACAACAGCAGGAAAAUCAACAGAAAGAGCUGAACCAGAUAAGAGACCGUCUUUAUCGGGAAGAACAGUCCCAUCGCUCUGAGGUGGAAAGAAUGAGGACAGAAAUCUCUGACCUGACAGAAGAGCUUCAUCAGAAGGAGAUUACUAUAGCAACUAUCAUGGAGAAAGCUGCUCUACUGGAAAGGCAGUUACAAAUGGAGUUAGAGAUAAAAGAGAAAAUGUUAGGAAAACAACAGACGAUAGAUUUGUCUAAGAAAGAACACAAGACCUGUUCAGAUUCCACCGAUAUGCUGGAGCACGGGAGUGAGAGGUUACACAAUGAACUUGCUGAAUUGUCAAAGGACACAGAAAUACCUUUCCCAGUAAACCCCAUUACGUACUUUGGAACAAAUCGUGCCAACCAGACACCAGUGAAAAUGGAAGAGAAGGAAGAAAGGCCUGUGCAGAAUGAAAGUGAAUGGGCACCACAACCUGCAAGUUAUGAAAACUUUGGACGCUUCAGAACACAAAUCCCUGUCUGGCAUGGCCAAGGCGAUAUCAACAGCAUUGAAAGCAGCAGGACUUUGCCUCUUCACAGACCAAGCACAGAUCGGGAACCCAUAGCAGAUGGCAGAUCUCCAUCACCACUAGAGGCAUAUCCAGCACAUUACAGCAACAACUUUCCUGAAAGGAAUAAGUCCAAUACGUUCCUGAACCAUGUAUAUGUUAUGGAAGAAAGUUGGAUGCGGUCCCCAGAGACUCCGUUUCCUGCAACUGCCACAGAGAAGUUCCUACAAGAGGAAGAGAAGCGAGCAAGAGAUUUUGAACAGGUUUUAAACUCUCACAUUGAAGAACUGCAAAGGCAGUCAGAGAACACCAUAAAGAAAUUCUCCACUCUCAAGCAAAGCAGACACAGAUGAGCCUGAAAAAGAAAGCUAAAACUGUAACAAUCCCAGCAUAAAUCAUCAGCUACUGCUUGAAAAGAAAAGAAAAAAAAUUGCCUUUAUUCAAAGAAGUGUUUGUAAUGUGUGAUUUUGUAUAUAUUGUUUGGCUGUGGAUUUCAUUUCAACAUGAAUUUGGAAUAUUGUGUAUUGCAGAGUG